AUGAAUAAGACAAAAUUCAUAUCAGGAUCGUUGGAUAUAAAGGGUCCUCCUAAAAUGAAAUUUGAACUCAAAGUUAGGAGUCCCCCUAAAUAUGCCGGAAAUGGGGUAGGAGUCUGUUUGACAUGUACUUUGUCAUUGGACUUCGAACGAGAGGCCAGAGAGGCUGAAACGCAGAAAAUAGACACUGAUCACCUCUACACACACAACGAGGCUUUCCGGAAUCUUACAACGAGAGGAAUUCCAAGCAAGAGAGUCGUUGGUAUCGUGUCUGCUGCCUCUGUUGGAUUCAAACUGCUAUCUGGUGUCGCUUCACAAGUGGACAUGUCUCGUGUCUGUGUUGUGGGUUUUUCUAAUAUGGGAAACAAAAAGAUGGUAAAUCCGGAAUGGUAUCUAUCACACGGAGUUCUCAGAGAGCCAUUGCCAAGAGAAAUCAUCCCAGGGGACGGCGGAGUAUUUACUUUUGAAAAAACACAUUAUGCUACAUUCGGGACAACAGGCGUAUUUACUUACACGAUAGAGAAUUCCGGCUACCAGGUGGCGGUCAUGUGGGAUGUCCCAAUGGUGUACGGACCGUACUCUAACAUGUUUAAUGUGCACAUCAUGGAGGGGGUUACAGCCAAUGAGGAGCUUUAUGACUUGUUACGUCAGGACGAGAAAACAGUAGAGGUCUGGAACUCGGGUCACUGGCUGUCAAGGAACGUAGAUGGUAUUCAGAUCCACGGCGCCAUGACCAAUCAGGGCAAAGCCUCGUUUCUCGUUCAGGUGGUUUACAAUAUCACAGCUCCUGCUGCGAACCGGCGAGUUUGGUAG